GUUCCUGGCUGCAAAAUGAGCUCCCCACAGCUACCCUCGACGUGGCAGCUCUACCAGCUCGAUACCCGCAUCUCUACCUUCCAGAACUGGCCUUUCACAGAGGAUUGCACCUGCACCCCAAACCGGAUGGCUGAAGCUGUGUUCAUCCAUUGCCCAAGUGAAAAUGAGCCUGAUUUAGCCCAGUGCUUCUUCUGUUUCAAGGAACUAGAGGGCUGGGAGUCAGAGGAUGAUCCUAUGUUGGAACAUAAAAAGCACUCACCUAGCUGUGCCUUCAUCAGCAUUAAGAAGAAAAUUGAAGAUUUAACACUCGAGGAGUUCCUGAAACUGGACAAAGAAAGAGCCAAAAACAUGAUUGUAAAGGAAACCUCCCGGAAAAGAACUGAAUUUGAACAGUGUGCAAAGGAAGUACAGCGUGCCAUUGAGCAACUGGCUGCAUUGGAAUGA